AUGCCCGAAAUGACUACUCCAAAUGAUAGCAUUGCUAAGCAAAUGAAUGUUGAAACUGAUAUUAUCACUUUAACAAGAUUUAUUUUACAAGAACAACAUACUUCAGCUCCAGGAGCAUCUGGUGAAUUAUCUUUAUUAUUAAAUUCUUUACAAUUUGCAUUUAAAUUUAUUGCUCAUAAUAUUAGAAGAGCAGAAUUAGUUAAUUUAAUUGGUGUUUCUGGAACUGCAAAUUCUACUGGUGAUGUUCAAAAGAAAUUAGAUGUUAUUGGUGAUGAAAUUUUUAUUAAUGCCAUGAGAUCUUCAAAAAAUGUUAAGGUAUUAGUUAGUGAAGAACAAGAAGAUUUAAUUAUAUUUGAAGGUGGCGGACGUUAUGCUGUUUGUACUGAUCCAAUUGAUGGUUCUUCAAAUAUUGAUGCUGGUGUAUCUGUUGGUACCAUUUUCGGUAUUUAUAGAUUAAAAGAUGAUUCCAAGGGGUCAAUUAAUGAUGUAUUAAGAAGAGGUACUGAAAUGGUUGCUGCUGGUUAUACUAUGUAUGGUGCUUCAGCACAUUUAAUGUUAACUACUGGUAGAGGAGUUAAUGGUUUUACAUUGGAUACUCAAUUGGGUGAAUUUAUUUUAACUCAACCAGAUUUAAGAAUUCCUCAUAAGAGAGCUAUUUAUUCUAUGAAUGAAGGUAAUUCAUAUUAUUGGCCAGAAUAUGUUCAAAGAUAUAUUCAAGAUUUAAAGAAACCACAAGAUGAUUUAAAGGGUAAACCUUAUAGUGCAAGAUAUGUUGGUUCAAUGGUUGCUGAUAUUCAUAGAACUUUAUUAUAUGGUGGUAUUUUUGCUUAUCCUGCUGAUACUAAAUCUAAAAAUGGUAAAUUAAGAAUUUUAUAUGAAUGUUUCCCAAUGGCUAUGUUAUUAGAACAAGCUGGUGGUAAAGCAAUUAAUGAUAAAGGUGAAAGAAUUUUAGAAAUAUUACCAAAAGGAAUUCAUGAUAAAUCUGGUAUUUGGUUAGGUUCAACUGGUGAAAUUGAUAAAUUUAUGACUUAUAUUGAAAAGUAG